AUGGCUGCGGCUCCUCCCUCGCCAUGCCGUGUGCUGGCACGUGGCGUCGUCACCCUGCCGUUUGGCAUCGCACGGGCCGCGACGGCGUCCAUCCAGGACCGGGUGCUCGCGUACGAGGCCUUCCACCGCGAGAGCGGCAGCCUGCGAGAUGUGCCGGUGCUCCUCCUGCGACUGUCUGACAGAGGCCUGGGCGACAACCUACAAAAUUCUGAUGUGGAGCCGCUCCUGGGCUUCGCCGCGACCCGCAGCCCCCCCGUGCGCUUCAUGAUCACGCACAGGAGCCGAGACGCGGACGUCAGCGACACCUGCACGCGGCCCGAGGCCUGCGUCGAGCGGAGCAGCACCGCCGCGGCCUGGCUGGAGGGGCUUCGGCCGCGGAUCGACUGGGCCUUCGACGAGGCCGAGGCGAGGCGACUGGGGCACCGCGUCGUGUACGACGCGGACGGCGUCGACAAUUCGAGCGUGAAGGAGAUGGCGCACAGGCAGCACGGCCGCAACGAGUUCUCGCGACGCUUGGUGACGGAUCUGGUGUUGAUCCCAUCGCCCGCCGUCGCCGGGCGCAUCGCCUCGCUGCCGAUUCUGGCAGAUCCGUCGACCGACGCCUACCUUGCGGUGCACCUGCGAACGUACUACCUCGAUGAGGUGACGAACCCUGCGCCGACGGAUGCGGCAGCGCUGGAGCCUUUCGCAGAUGUAAAGCUGGAGCUUCUCUACCAAGGCGUCCUCCUAUCCCAGUUCAAGUGCGUCCGUAAGAACGUCAAGCGCUGGAAGAAGCAGCAGAGGCUCGAGGGCGAUACGCCGCCCGUGUUCGUGGCUUCGGAUUACCCCCGCUUCAAGCACGACCUGGCCAGGAAGCUUGGCUCGAGUGCUGUCACGCUCGGUGGCGCCGUGGUGCACUCGGGCAUGGGGGACACCCUCGCGGCCAGCCCGGAGAAGUUCCACGCGCUCUGGGCCGAAUUCUUCCUGCUGAGGGACGCCACCGAGGUGGUCACGGCCUCCACCUCCCUCUUCAACGAAGCCGUCACGCACUACCGCGGCCGUGGCCGGCGGGCCCAGCCUUGGAGCGAGAAGGCGCAGUGGGAGUGCAGGGACCGCUGCGCGAAGAUGAUGUGGACGGUGCUCUUCCGUGCCCUCAAGCGCGGCGGCGUGCAGGACCUCUUCCUCUCGCCCUCUGCCAUUUUGUUGUGCGCGCCGCCGGCAAGCGCUCUCGGAACAGCGGGGGGUACGAUGCGCGAGCCGUCCUGGAGGACUCCUACGGCAGCUACGGCUGGAAGGUCGACGAGGAUUGCCCGGAGAUCCGGAGAGCGAUGCUCGGCGCGUGAUGGCCAGCAGCUCUGA